AUGCCUGUCAUCAAGAAAAACGGAACUCUUAGGAUUUGUAUAGAUUUCAGAGAACUAAAUAACGCCACGCCAAAGGAUGAGUACUCGAUGCUCGUGGCGGAAAUGCUAGUCGAUUCGGCCGCAGGUUUUGAAUGCCUGGGCUUGCUUGAUGGAUACUCUGGCUACAAUCAAAUUCUUAUUGCCGAAGAAGAAGUCCCCAAGACAUCAUUUCGAUGCCCUGGAACUUUGGGGACGUACGAGUGGGUCGUCAUGCCGUUUGGUUUAAAAAACGCAGGAGCAACCUACCCAAGGGCUAUGAAUGCCAUAUUUCAUGAAUUCAUUAAGAAGUUCAUGCAGGUGUAUAUUUAUGACAUUGUGAUAAAAUCGUCAUCUCAGGGAGGGCACCUAGAUCACCUUCGACGCUCGUUUGAUAGAAUGAGGAAAUAUGGAUUGAAAAUGAAUCCAUUGAAGUGUGCUUUCGGUGUGCAUGCAGGCAACUUCUUGGGAUUUGUGUUUAAGUACAAGAUCAGUGAAAAGUGUUCCAAUAAUGAAGUCGAGUACGAGGCUUUAAUAAUUGGUCUUCGACUCUUGAAAGGGUUGGGAGCCAGUCGAAUUGAAGUAAAAGGAGACUCGGAGUUGGUAGUCAAACAUGUACUGAGAAACGAAAACCAAGAAGCCAAUGAGCUGGCCCAAAUCAAUUCCGAAUAUAAGAUGUCCAAGUCGAAAUUCCAAGAUAUGAUUGAAGUUCGAGAGAAGAUGGUGUCGAACACACCACCGACAAAAGAUAUCCUCUACAGGAAUGACUGUCGUACAAAAGGGCUCGACGAAGAAUGUCAGGAAGCCUGUAGAGUCGAGAAGUCCUGGGAACAUGGAGUUUUCACUGUCAAAAGUUCAUCAUCAAUAGAAUGGAGAAAACCGAUUGUAGAAUAUUUGGAGAAUCCAGUCGGAGGUACUGACAGGAAAACCAAAUACAGAGCUUUGAGCUAUGUGUUGUCAGGAAACGAAUUGCUGAAGAAGACACCAGAAGGGGUACUAAUUAAAUGCCUAGGAGAUACUGAAGCGUAUUUAGCCAUAUAUGAGUGUGAAAAACCAUUCAAGUCUUAUCAAGAGAGCUUCCAUAUAUAUCAUUGUUAUGGCUUCUUACUCGACACUCGACUUUGGACAGAAGAGAUAUUCAGGUUUGUUUGGAUUUCAAUUUCUAUGUUUAAUAGUAAUAAGUUGCAUCAGUAA